AUGCUUAAUACAUUUGCUGAUACUUUCGGUGCCGAAGAUGAUAAUGCAAAUAAAAUGAAUUGUUUAAAUCCAUUCGAUUUACCAUCGUCAACAACUGAUCCUUUUGGAAUUUCAGGCACUAUGAAGCUAUCUGAAUCAUCAGAAAAAUUCGAUAAUAAUCCAUUUAUUGCUGAUACGCACAAGAAAAAAGCGAUUCGGCCUCGAAGUGGUAAAGAAGCACUAUCAUCAUCAAAUUGGCUUGCUUAUCAGCAUUCAAUGGACGAAGCUAAUUUUGAUCGAUUAGAAAAUACGCAAGAUAAAUCAGUAACAACACAAUCGAAUAAUACUAAUCCAAUAAAUCCAUUUUUAAAUGCAAUUCAGCCAAAUCAAACAGCUUUUCAAGUGUCUCCAAUUGAUUUUUUAUUUGAUAUUAAUGUUGAUCAAAAUACACUCCUAUCAACGAAUACCGAUAAUUCAUCGAGAAAUCCUUUUCAAAUUCAAUCAUCUAAUGAUCUUAACAGAUCCAAUGAAACAUCAACUGAAAUCAAACAAGGUCAAGAUUUAACUGACAUACUUUUGUUAUCACAACAAACAAAAUCAUCUAAUUCAACAGAAACAUAUCAUCCAAAAUCUACUCAUGCUGCACCACCAAGUAUAAUACCUGCACAAAACAAUACGAGUGUAACAUCAAAUUCAACCUUUGAUAAUCAAUUUCUCGAUUGGUUAACAACAUCUAACAAUUCAAUAUCUGAUAUUCUUCCGAAAAAUAAUGAUUUUAAUACAACUAAGAAUAGUCAAGAUUUCUUAGAAGAUAUUUAUUUAAAAUCAUUGCCAACAUCUCAAAAAGAAGUUUCUCAAGAAAAUUUUCCAUUAUCCAACGUAAUUUCUCAACAACCAAUUCGUCAUCCUUCAAAUGAACAAAUAUCAUCGAUUAGUAUACAUGAAUCGAUCAUUGAACAAAAUAAUAGCAAGAUUUUACCAAAAUUACAUGCUAAUGAUAGAAAAACUAAUAAAUCUGAAGAUGAUUCAGAUGAAGAUACAAAAAUGAUGUUCAGAAUUGAAGAGAAAAAACAAAAUCUAUCAAAUAAUACAAAUAUUGCUGUACCAUUAUUACCUCCACCACCAUCAUCGAAAAAUUAUAAGAAAACUAAUGCGGAUGCUAGUUCAUCAUCAUCAUUAGAAGAAGGAGAAGCAGAUCAUCAAGAUGAUGAUGAUCCAUUUGCAAUAUUUCAAACAAAAUCUAAAACAAAUAAAAUAAAUCAACAACAAGAAAAUAAUCUUUUUGUAGAUUGGAAUCAAGAUGAAACGAAAUUAAAUGAGCAAGUACAUGAAUCGAAAGAAAAAGUUCACUCGCCCCCAUUAGAUUAUUAUUUACAUGAACCAGAUUAUGAUGAUAGUGCACCAUUAGAAUCAUAUCACAAUGAUAUAAAUGAUCUACAAUUACAGCAACUUAACGGAUGGUUAUUACUAGUUCGUGUACCGUUAAGACAAAAAGAUUUAUAUAAAAGUACUUUUCAACGACUCAGUGAAACGCGUACUUGGCAAGAAUGUUAUGUUCGAAUAUUUUCCAAUGAGAAAAAGAUACGUUUUUAUCUUCCACAAACAAUCGAACAGUCGUUUGCUGAAAUUUCCUUAGAAACAUGGUAUCAAUGUACGAAACUCAGUCUUCAACAAUAUGAUCAAUAUAGUAAAGUUCAUACAUUUAAACUUUUUGAAGCAAAUUAUCAUGAAAUUCCACAAGUUCGUAUCGAUCGUCUUGUUACAUUACCAGAAAAAUUAUUAAGAAAAUUUACUCGACCAAAUAAAGCGCAACAAGUUCUAUUAGAUCAUACGAAUUGUGUUCAACAAGAAAUUAUUAAAUUCGGCCAAUUAAAUUAUACAUAUUUAAAACAGUUUUCAAUUAUAUUAGAUGAUUUAUUUUGGUCAAUGCCUAUUACACGCAAUCGUUUUCAAAAGCAUUUAAAAGAAGAAAUAACAAUUAAAAUCUUAGAUGAAUAUUAUGCAAAAAUUGAUAUCUAUCGUCAUAUAUGUAAACAUAAAGCUCGUACUCGCUUAUUUAUUUUAGCCUUUUUAAAUGAUGCGCAACCAAUAGUUGAAAUCGGUAUUAAUGAUUGGUUUCGUCACGGAAAAGAAGUUAAUAAACGUAAUGAAAUAAUUAUUAAUAAAACAUUACAAGAAUAUUGGAUUAAAUCCGAACAAGUCGAAUUGGCAUCGAUAAUUGAUUCAAACGAAUAUGAAAAUUCACAUUUACUUAAAUUAAUACCACCAGAUAGCCAUACAAUUGAAAUAAUGCGUUUUCGUACAAGACCUAAACAAAAUAUUGAGUUACCAUUACAAGUUUAUUGUUUUAUGUCCGUUAUUGAUCGUCAAGUAAAUAUGAGAAUUGAAGUGACUGUAUCAAACGCAUUUAACAUGAGUGUAAUAUCAAAAGCAUCAUCAAUGGUAACAAGCGAUAAAACAGCUAAUAUUCGUGAUGACAAUAGUGAUGAACAAUGUCCAUGUGAAGAUAUACAAAUACGUUUUCCAAUACCAGACGCAUGGGUCUAUAUGUUUCGAGUUGAAAAACGUUUUCGCUAUGGCGCUAUUCAUAGUGUUCGUCGUACAGCAGGAAAAAUAAAGGGCCUUGAUCGUUUUAUGGUCCAUCGUAAUGAUGGUCUUAGCCCAUUAAUGACUGCAUCAGCUGGUGUAGCUAAAUAUGAACAAGCAUUUCAUUCAAUUGUAUGGCGUAUUGAUCAAUUACCAAAACGAGAUCAUGGUGCAUAUAAAACGCAUUUAUUCGAAUGUAAAAUAUCAGUUCCAUCACAUGAUCCUGUACCAGAAAAAUACGAACCAAUUGCAGAUGUUGAAUAUUCCAUGUCGCAAGCAUUUGUUUCACAUUGUCAAAUUCGUUCGGUUGCUGUGCCAACAGCUGAAGAAACACCAGAAAAAUGGAUACGUCCAAAAAGUCGAUUUACAUACAAAGUUGAUAUUGAAUAUGCAUUUAAGGAAGAAGAAAAAAAAGAUUUCGCACCUAUUGAAAUUGAUAUGAAAGAACAACCGAUGUCACAAAGUGAGACAGAAAACAAUUCACAAUCAGAUGAUAGCGAUUGA